AUGUCCAUUCAAGAACUACCCCUGAUGUUUCUUCUGUUGUGUGCCUGCUUAUUGAAGGAAAAUUCCUGCAUUUGUGAUGGAACUAUCUGGGCUAAGGUUGGAUGGGAGAUAUUUCCUGAAGAAAUGCUUUAUCUAAAAGUUGAACCUUCUCCAUCUCACUGUCUACCUUAUCCUAUGGACAAACUAUGGUGCAAUUUUAUUAAUAUGGAUGUCAUUGCGAGUCUUGUAUAUCUCAUAUGUAUUUUAGGACAAGCUAUCUCUCUAAUCCUGCUUGCUUUAUCUGUGCAUUACCUGUGGAUGAAGUGGAAGAAACACAAGAAAGAGCUGAAAAAACAAGCCUCCAUAGACACAGUUGGUAAUGAACCGGAAAGCCAGUCCAUCAAUGACAUAGACACACUACUCUUCAAACUGUUGGCCACGACAUCCAUGAUGAGUGAGUACCUGGACCGGAAGGCCCAGCGUCCUUCGUCUAAGAAAUUCAAGCACGGAAAGCUCAAGUACAAGAACCGAGGAGGAACCAGAGAACACAAAAAACAUGUGAAUGUGGUUCUGUCCAAAAUGGAGACCACGCAAAGCGCCUAG